CGUGCGGGCGGUGCUGCGGUGGGGGCGGCUGCCCGGGCCGGGGAGGAUGACCGGGGGGACGGAGCCGCGGGGUCCCGCCGCAGCCUUGCCGCUUGUCGUGGACCUGCGGAGUGACACGGUGACCCGGCCGUGCGCGGCGAUGCGCGUGGCCCUCGCCACGGUGGGCGACGACGACUACGGGGAGGACCCGGCAGUGAAUGGGCUGUCUCGCCGGGCCGCGGGGACUGUGGGGACGGAAUCGGCUCUGUUCGUGCCCACGGCCACCAUGAUGAACCUCAUCGCCGGCGAGUCCGGGGCUGCAUUCGCAGCCCCUCGUGCCCCCAGGCUGUGGGGUGCUGCCCUUGGCCCCGUCCCUCUCGGCCCUUCUCUCCCAGUGAUGUGCCACUGCCAGCGCGGCGGGGCUCAGCCCUUCCCGGGCCAGGACGCCCACCUGCACCUCUGCGGGCACGGCGGGGCCGCGCAGGCGAGCGCGGGGUCCGUGGCGGUGGGUACGAUGGCAGGAGGGCGGCCGCCUGCUGCCCUUCUCUGCUGCCAGGGCCCGGCCGGGCAGAGGAUCCGCUGCCAGGGCAUCCCCUGGAUCAUUGUCCCAAGCCACGGGCUGCAGCACGAGUGGGGGCUGUACACACCUGACGGAGGGGACAGAAGGCCGGAGCCCCCGUGCACCAUGACUGUCCCCUGCCAGCUCUGUGCUCUGGGCACAGGUGUGCACUCCCAGGCACUGCCAGAUCUGCCAAAUGGCAGGUUUGACCUGGAUCAGCUGGAGCUGACUCUCCGUGAGGCGCACGGCAGCCGGUACCACACGUAUCCUGAGCUCAUCUGUCUGGAGAACAUGCACAACUCGUGGGGGGGCCAGGCACUGCUCCUCACCUGUCUCAGGCAGGUCCGUGGGCUUGCAGACCAUUACAGGCUGCGGGUGCACAUGGAUGGCGCAUGACUGAUGAAUGCAGCGGUGGCCCAGGGUGUGGAGCCAGCUCAGAUUGCCCAGCACUAUGACUCUGUGUCCCUCUGCUUCUCCAGGGGCAUGGGCGCCCUGGCUGGUGCGGUGUUGGCAGGGUGCAGGGAGUUUGUCGCCAAAGCCUGGCAUGUUCGGAAGCUGCUGGGCAGGGGCAUGGGGCAGGUGGGAGUGCUGGCAGCCGCCGCCCACCUCAGGCUGCAGCAGGUGGAGGUAACGCUGCACAGAGACCACAAUGCCUGGAGCUUUGCAGAACAUACCUCAGGUAUCCAUGUGCUGGACUCUCCCCUCUGCUCCAUCAACCUGGCCGCAGUGGAGACCAACGUUGUGAUGGUAAAUGUCCAGGGGGCUGGCCGUCCCCUGCUGAGCUCCGUGAGCACCUGGUCCCGUCAGGAGGAGGAGGAGGAGGCUGAGACCAGGCAGACUGUCAGCAUCUUGCUGCUCCCCUGGUCGCACAGACUCUGUGCGCCUUCUUGGUACCACAACAUCUCAGCCCGUGACACUGACCUCGCAAGGAGAAAGCUGGAAUUUGUGGCCAGGAAGUGUCAGGAGGAAUUGGCCUUGAGACUGCAUCCAACGCCUCCAGCACUGGGAGAGCCUGAGCAUUCUGCCAGCCCCUUUGUGCUCCAGAUGUGUUCCCUGCCAUCUGAAAAUUGACAUCAGCCCUCACAGGCAGCCUGACAAACCAAUGUGAGCCUAGCCUAGUGAAGACCCCAGCCCUUGAGGCAGUCAGUGCACAAAAUAAACACCUUUUGGUGGUA